AUGUUUCCUACUACUGCCUACAAUCCGCCUGAAGAUUCUCUAAGCCAAGAUGUGAUUGCAACUGUGGAGAAGAGCAUGAAAAAAUAUGCUGACAACCUCAUGCGAUUUCUUGAGGGAAUUAGUUCAAGGUUAUCCCAAUUGGAAUUAUAUUGCUACAAUCUUGACAAAUCUAUUGGAGAAAUGAGAUCUGAUUUAAAUCGUGACCAUGGGGAGCAAGAUUUAAAGCUCAAGGCCCUUGAAAAACAUCUUCAAGAGGUUCAUAGAUCUGCACAAAUUUUAAGAGACAAGCAAGAGCUAGCUGACACUCAGAAAGAAUUAGCUGACACUCAAGCCACUCAGAGGAGAGAUCAUCGCCUUCUACAACAGAUCCUAAAAAGAUUGAUAGUGCAUCUGAUGCACACAACCAGCAGUUAG